CAUCGCCCAGAUUACAGGUUAUAAAGUCCACGGAGUCCACGGAAUCGGCGGAACUCAGAGUCGCCCCAGAUCUGAGAUGGGGGCAACGGCGCCGCGCACGCUGCUCCUGCUGCUGGCGGCCGCCCUGGCCCCGACCCAGACCCGCGCGGGCUCGCACUCGCUGCGGUAUUUCCACACCGCCGUGUCCCGGCCCGGCCUCGGGGAGCCCCGGUUCAUCUCUGUCGGCUACGUGGACGACACGCAGUUCGUGCGCUACGACAGCGACGCGGAGACUCCGAGGAUGGAGCCGCGGGCGCCGUGGGUGGAGCAGGAGGGGCCGGAGUAUUGGGAGAGGGAGACACAGAUCGCCAGGAGCAACCAGCAGACUUUUCGGGUAAACCUGAGGACCGCGCUCGGCUACUACAACCAGAGCGAGGGAGGGUCUCACACCAUCCAGGGGAUGUCUGGCUGUGACGUGGGGCCAGACGGGCACCUCCUCGGUGGGUACCGUCAGGAAGCCUACGAUGGCCGCGAUUACAUCGCCCUGAACGAGGACCUGACGACAUGGACGGCGGCAGACACGGCGGCGCAGAUCACCCGGCGCAAGUGGGAGCAGACCGGUGCUGCAGAGAGAUACAGGGCUUACCUGGAGAGCCGGUGUGUGGAGUCUCUGCUCAGACACCUGGAGAACGGGAAGGACACACUGAAGCGCUCAGAUCCCCCAAAGGCACAUGUGACCCAUCAUCCUGGACCUAAAGGUGAUGUCACCCUGAGGUGCUGGGCCAUGGGCUUCUAUCCGGCUGACAUCACCCUGAGCUGGCAGAGGGAGGAAGAGGAACAGACUCAGGACAUGGAGCUGGUGGAAACCAGACCUUCUGGAGAUGGAACCUUCCAGAAGUGGGCAUCUCUGGUGGUGCCUUCUGGGGAGGAGCACAAAUACACAUGCCAUGUGUACCAUGAGGGGCUUAGGCAGCCCCUCACCCUGAGAUGGGAGCCUCCUCAGUCCACAGUCCCCAUCAUGGCAGUCAUUGCUGGUCUGGUUCUCCUUGGAGCUGUGAUCAUUGGAGCUGUGGUGGCUGUUGUGAUGAAGAGGAGGAGAAACACAGGUGGAAAAGGAGGAAACUAUGCUCCAGCUUCAGACAGGGACAGUGACCAGAGCUCUGAUGUGUCUCUCCCAGACUGUAAAGCAUGAAGACAGCUGCCUGGUGUGGAUGGAGUGACAGACGAUGUGUCCAGGUCUCUCCUGUGACAUCCAGAGCCCCUCAGUUCACCCUCAGCAAUAGUGUCUGAUGUUCCCUGUGAUCCCAUGGGCUCAAUGUGAAGAACUGGAGAGCCCAGACCACCCUGCACACCUGACCCUGUCCCUGCACUGCCCUGUUCCCUUCCACAGCCAACCUUCCUGUUCCUGCAGACAGGAGGGGACAUCUCCAUCCUGUCACCUCCAUGACUUCCACUGAAAAUAAGGAUCUAAACGCGAACUUGUUAAUGUCCUGAUCUGACAGGUUGUUUGGCAGCUAAAUUAAAUAAUUGAGAUAGAGUUUGUGGAGGAAAUAAAUGGCAGCAUGGAGAACCUCCCA